UGUUUAUACCAAAUGAAAAAGGUUUUUGCAAAUAACAAAUAUUUUGACAUUGAACUUGAAAAAAAAUUUACCAAUGCUUGCUGUUAUUUCAUCAUUGAAAUCAAGUUUACUGCUAAAAUAAAUGCUUUGAAAGGAAGCUUUUAGGUUACCAGAUUUUCCCUCAAAGAUCUAUAUAAAAUGGAGUUUAUGCCAGUAAUUAUGGCUGCUGGGGAGGGGUCAAGGAUGACUGAUCUGACAUCAAAAUGCCCAAAAGCCUUACUUCCGGUAGGGAACAUGCCAAUGAUUUGGUAUCCUGUUAAUAUGCUAGAGAGAGCUGGAUUUGAAGAAGCCAUAGUGAUUGUGUUGCAGUCCACUUUAAAUGAAAUACAGAAAACCUUAGUGGACAUUCAUGGUGUUAAAAUGAAGUUAAUAUUUGAACCUAUACCAGAUAAUGAUUUGGGUACUGCUGACUCAUUAAGAAACCUAAAAGGAAAAAUCAAGACAGAUGUUUUAGUCAUCAGUUGUGACCUGAUUACUGACCUCUCCUUACAUCACAUAGCUAAUGUACACAGAACAUACAAUGCAUCAGUCACCAUGUUAUUGUCUACAGUGCCUCAACAAUACCUCGAUAUAGCUCCACCUGGUGUCAAGUCACGGAAACGUUCAGAGAAAGAUUUUAUUGGAUUUGACGAGAGAGGAGACAGGGUAUUAUUUAUGGCAUCAGAAGCAGAUUUAGAAGACACAGUCACCUUCAGAAAAUCUGUUUUAAAAAGACAUCCAUUUAUAAACAUAAAAUCUGGCUUAACAGAUUGUCAUUUAUAUUUAAUAAAGAAAUGGGUGAUUGAUUAUCUGUCUACGUCACAAUCAAUAUCAUCUAUAAAAAGUGAACUUAUACCAUAUUUAGUAAAGAAACAGUUUAGUAAACCAAAACAAGAAAUGCCUAACACCAACCAGUCUGUGAUAUCAGAAGAUACAAAGCCAGAUAUAUUCAGUUUUUCAUCAGAAGACCCAUUAACAAAGGAUGUUCAGGAAAUGUCAACAUGGAUUGAUCACCAAGGUGAUAUGGAAGAUUUGUACCAUGACAACAGAAUUCGUUGUUAUGCUUAUGUACAAGAUGGAGGCUUUUGUGUCAGAGCUAACACACUGUCAGCCUACAGUGAAUCCAACAAACAGAUUCCUAAAAUAUUACCGAAUAUUGCACCAAAACUGGAAAUUACAAAUAUCCAUCCAGCAGCAACAGUUAAAAAUAAAUCUCAGGUAGGAAGUGAAUGUUUAGUAGCUGAAGGUACAACAUUGGGAGAAAAGUCGUCUGUGAAGAGGGCCAUCGUAGGAAAACACUGUAAGAUCGGAGACAAAUGUAAAAUAGCUAACUCAGUCAUCAUGGAUUAUGUCAAUAUAUUAGAUGGAUGUUCAGUGACUGGUAGUAUUGUAGGAUCUAAUGUACACAUACAUGAGAAAUGUGAGAUUAAAGACUGUAUCGUUGGUGCAGGACAGUCAUUAAAUGCCAUGGGACAAUUUACAAAUGAAGCAAUAGUAGAUAUCAGCUGGUAGAUAUAGACAAAGUGGUGGAGAUAUAGUGAUGUACACUUUAUAAAUAUAAUAAAAUCAAGUUGCAAAGUGAAAUCUUUCCUUACCUAGGCAAUGCAUGAAAAGGAAGAUUAUUUCCUGUGUGAUUUAUGUAUGUAAAGUUGUUUAAGAAAUCGUCUGAAAUGUUCAGAAUUAUGAGAAAUAUCUCAAUGUCAGUAAACAAUGUUAUUUUUCAGCGCUGUGAUAUUUUCAAUGAAUUGAAGACUGAAGGCACUACACUUUUCAACAAAUUAAAAAUUAGAUUUCA